AUGGCCCACCUGCAGCUCUCGGCGGUCGCCGGCGCCGGCGCCCGGCCGGCGGCGGCGGGCGGGCGUGGCGACGAGAUGGAGGAUGUCGCGCUGCUCGACUCGUACGACGAGGAGAUGGGGCUGCCGCCGCCGGCUGCAGCGGGCGCCGAGGCGGAGGAGGCGCACUUGCGCGUCACCGGCAUGACGUGCUCCGCCUGCACCAGCGCCGUCGAGGCCGCCGUCUCCGCGCGCCGCGGCGUGCGGCGCGUCGCCGUGUCGCUGCUUCAGAACCGCGCCCGCGUCGUGUUCGACCCGGCGCUGGCCAAGGUGGUAACUAUUACCGGUGCUCCUCUCUCCUCGCCUUGGUGUGGCGUGUGUCGACGUGCGAGUGCGAUGCGAUCCUUGCGUGCUCGCAACCGUCGAGUGGACGCCAGGCUCGUGCGGCUCCGUGGGAAGUUGGGAGCUCCCGUACGCUUGCGGGGCUCACAGCUUUUGACUUUUGAGUCCUAUUGCAUCGCGUUUAAGGUAGAGGAUAUAAUUGAAGCGAUAGAAGAUGCCGGAUUUGAAGCAGAGAUUAUCCCUGAAUCUGCUGUCUCCCAGCCUAAAUCACAGAAGACUUUAUCAGCACAAUUCAGGAUAGGGGGGAUGACAUGUGCCAAUUGUGUAAACUCUGUUGAGGGUAUCUUAAAAAAGCUACCUGGUGUUAAAGGAGCAGUCGUUGCCUUGGCAACCUCAUUAGGGGAAGUUGAGUAUGUUCCUUCUGCCAUUAGCAAAGAUGAAAUUGUUCAGGCCAUCGAGGAUGCUGGUUUUGAAGCAGCAUUCUUGCAGAGUACCGAGCAAGAUAAGGUUUUGCUGGGGCUCAUUGGUUUGCACACAGAGAAGGAUGUAGAAGUAUUAAAUGAUAUUCUUAAGAAAAUGGAUGGUUUGCGACAAUUUGGUGUAAAUAAUGUCCUCUCGGAAGUUGAGAUUGUAUUCGAUCCAGAAGCUGUUGGUCUGAGAUCAAUUGUGGAUACAAUUGAGAUGGCAAGCAAUGGGAGGUUGAAAGCUCAUGUUCAGAAUCCAUACACUCGAGGGGCUUCAAAUGAUGCACAGGAGGCCUCCAAAAUGCUUAACCUUCUCCGCUUUAGCUUGUUCCUUAGCAUUCCUGUAUUUUUCAUUCGUAUGGUUUGCCCCAGUAUACCUUUCCUUAGUACACUACUAAGCAUGCACUGUGGACCAUUUCUCAUGGGGGAUUUGCUGAAGUGGAUAUUGGUAAGCAUUGUACAGUUUGUUGUCGGGAAACGGUUCUAUGUGGCGGCUUAUAGGGCCGUGAGGCAUGGCUCUACAAACAUGGAUGUGCUAGUGGUUCUUGGCACCACUGCAUCAUAUGCAUACUCUGUCUGUGCACUACUAUAUGGAGCAUUUACUGGAUAUCAUCCUCCCGUAUAUUUUGAGACAAGUGCAAUGAUAAUCACAUUUGUGUUGUUCGGAAAGUAUCUCGAGGUGCUUGCAAAAGGGAAGACAUCGGAUGCUAUCAAGAAGCUUGUAGAACUGGUCCCUUCUACUGCUGUUUUGGUUCUGAAAGACAAAGAAGGGAAACAUGUUGGGGAGAGGGAGAUUGAUGCACGGUUGGUCCAACCUGGUGAUGUCUUAAAAGUGCUUCCUGGUUCAAAGGUUCCAGCUGAUGGUGUUGUCGUUUGGGGAACAAGUCAUGUGAAUGAAAGUAUGAUAACUGGUGAAUCAGCACCCAUCCCUAAAGAAGUAUCAAGUGUGGUAAUUGGGGGGACAAUAAACUUACAUGGUAUCCUUCAUAUACAAGCAACAAAAGUGGGAUCUGGUACAGUUUUGAGUCAGAUAAUCUCUCUGGUUGAAACUGCUCAGAUGUCCAAAGCUCCUAUUCAGAAAUUCGCUGAUUAUGUGGCUAGCAUUUUUGUUCCAAUUGUCAUCACAUUGUCUAUAGUGACAUUUUCUGCGUGGUUUUUGUGUGGAUGGUUGGGUGCGUAUCCAAAUUCAUGGGUUGCUGAAAAUAGCAAUUGCUUUGUCUUCUCUCUCAUGUUUGCCAUAUCUGUUGUGGUGAUUGCUUGUCCUUGUGCUCUUGGUUUGGCAACGCCAACUGCUGUGAUGGUGGCGACUGGAAUUGGGGCUAAUCAUGGAGUACUUGUAAAAGGCGGAGAUGCUUUGGAGAGAGCUCAAAAUGUAAAGUAUGUGGUUUUUGAUAAAACAGGGACACUAACACAAGGAAAGGCUGUUGUAACAGCUGCAAAGGUUUUCUCAGGAAUGGACCUAGGAGAUUUCCUCACACUGGUUGCAUCAGCAGAGGCAAGCAGUGAGCAUCCUCUUGCCAAAGCUGUUUUGGACUAUGCAUUCCAUUUCCAUUUCUUUGGCAAGCUUCCUUCAUCAAAAGAUGGCAUUGAGCAACGAAAAGACGAGGUAUUGUCUCAGUGGCUGCUUGAAGCUGAAGACUUCUCCGCAGUACCUGGCAACGGAGUUCAGUGCUCCAUCAACGGGAAGCAUGUUUUGGUUGGAAACCGUUCUUUGAUGACUGAAAACGGUGUGACCAUUUCCCCAGAAGCAGAAACUUUCUUGAUAGACCUGGAAUCGAAUGCAAAAACAGGCAUACUUGUGGCAUAUGAUGGUGAUUUUGUGGGUUUGAUGGGCAUAACCGAUCCCCUGAAAAGGGAGGCUGCUGUUGUAGUGGAAGGACUAAAAAAGUUGGGUGUUCAUCCAGUGAUGCUCACAGGGGAUAAUUGGAGGACCGCGCAAGCUGUUGCAAAAGAGGUUGGUAUUGAGGACGUGAGAGCAGAGAAGGACGGGAGCACUGUCGCCAUGGUUGGGGACGGCAUCAACGACUCCCCAGCCCUGGCAGCAGCCGACGUCGGGAUGGCCAUCGGCAGGGGAACAGACAUUGCCAUCGAGGCCGCGGACUACGUGCUGGUGCGGAACAACCUGGAAGACGUGAUCACCGCGAUCGACCUGUCCAGGAAGACGUUCAGCCGGAUCCGGUGGAACUACUUCUUCGCGAUUGCCUACAACGUCGUGGCCAUCCCCAUCGCCGCGGGCGCGCUGUUCCCGUUCACCGGGCUGCAGAUGCCGCCGUGGCUCGCCGGCGCCUGCAUGGCCUUCUCGUCCAAAUGA